AUGGCAAAAGACAAUCCCAUUAGCAAGGUAGUCGCCUCCCACCGACCGGACUUGGACACCAAGUAUGUCCCCAUCUACAAACACUUCCACGCCAACCCAGAGCUCUCCCACCAAGAAAAGGAAACCGCAGCAAAGAUUGCCGAACACCUCAAACAAACCUGUCCUGAUGUUACUCUGCACACCAGCAUUGGCGGACACGGCUUAGCAGGAGUCCUAAAGAAUGGGUCUGGCCCCACCGUUCUCCUCCGCGCCGACAUUGACGGUCUCCCCGUGCUCGAAAAGACUGGUUUAGAAUGGGCAAGCACCAAGAAAAUGAUUGAUCUCGAAGGCGUUGAGAAACCUACUAUGCAUGCUUGUGGUCAUGAUAUCCAUAUAACUUCUUUGCUCGCUGCUGCAGAGCUCCUCUACAAGAGCCAAGACACUUGGUCGGGAACUCUAAUCUUUUGUUUCCAGCCCGCAGAGGAAAAGGGGCAAGGUGCACAGGCUAUGGUGGAUGAUGGACUUUAUGAUAAAGUGCCUAUUCCUGAUGUCGUGUUGGGAGGGCAUGUUAUGCCUAUGAGAGCUGGCACACUGGGCACAAAGAGAGGGUUAAUGGCUAGUUCGGCAGACUCGCUUAAGGUUACUUUGCAUGGAAAGGGUGGUCAUGCUAGUCAGCCGCAUAGACUUGUUGAUCCAGUGGUCAUGGCUGCGAGUACGGUGAUGAGGUUGCAGACGAUUGUUGCCAGAGAGGUGGAUCCGGCUGAUACUGCUGUCGUCACUUGUGCUUGCAUUAUUGCUGGAGAUGCGGAAAACGUGGUCGCCGAUAACGCGAUACUGAAACUUGAUCUUAGAGCCGUCAACGCAGAGACGAGAGCGAAGGUCUUGAGCAGUGUCAAGAGGAUCGUCACUGCAGAGUCCAUGGCCAGUGGCGCCGUCCAGGAUCCUACUUUCGAAACGACGCGAAACUUCCCGCUUACGAUCAAUGACGACGAGGUCACACAGCGUUUGGAAGAGAGCUUCACUGAGCAUUUUAAAACGGAAGAGAAGGGAUACACGGCUUCUGCAACUAAGCUUGGUGGUAGCGAAGACUUUGGUAUAUUGGCGACCGCGAUCAGCAAGCCUUCAAGCUUCUGGACUUAUGGCGGCACCGAUCCAGAGACCUGGGACAAGGUCGCAGCAGAAGGGCGUCCAGGAGAUGUGCCUAUCAACCAUAGCGCAUAUUUUGCCCCUGUUAUCAUGCCGACGCUGCAAGUGGCAGUCGAUGCAUAUGCUGUUGGAGCACUGACAUGGUUGUUGAAGAAAUGA